AUGUUUUGGAGGUUCGGCGGAUACGCCAACAUAUCGACCAUCGAUACCAUUCUCGACAAACCCGAUUUUCAACUUGAGGAUCUUCUUGAUGAGGAUGACCUAAACCAGGAGCUAAAGCAACACAACACUAAGCUUAUCGAGUAUUUGCGCGAAACCAAGGUUCUCGAAAAGCUUCUUGAAUAUGUCGUCACACCAAAGCUUGAACCUGUAGAGAAUAUUGAGGAGGACGUCAACGAAGAUGAGAAAAAAGGAAAGUCUCGGGGAUUAUCUUUCGGUCGCCCACGUGCAUCAUCGAGGACUACAAGCGAUGGGGCUGACGAGGAUGAGGUCGAAAAGAAGAGAAACAGAUACGCCUACGUUGCAGCAGAGGUCCUGUCGUCUGACAAUUGGUCCAUCUACGAGGCCCUUAUGGAAAGCCAGCAACUUCUACGUAAUUUCUGGAAAUUCCUAAAGCUCACGUCCCCCUUGGAUCCCUUGCAGGCCAGCUACUUUACGAAAGUUAACGAGACUCUUUUCGAUAAGAAGACGGAGGAGAUGCUGGCGCUGCUGAAAUCUCUCGAUGACGCUAUUCCCAACAUGUUGCGCCAUGUUGAUUGUCCUAUGAUUAUGGAUCUCUUACUUAAGAUUAUCAGCCUCGAAAGAACUGAACACGGUCAAGGUGUAGUUGAGUGGCUUUAUACCAAGGAUGUUAUGCCAACAUUGCUCUCGUUCCUCGGACCCGAACACAAUUACGCAACGCAGACAUCUGCCGGCGACUUCAUCAAGGCUAUUAUUACUGUGUCUGCUAAUGCCACACAGAAUGAGCAAGCCUGUAUUGGUCCGAACGAGCUCACACGUCAACUAGUCUCCCGGCCUUGCAUCCAGAAGCUCAUUGAGUAUAUGCUUGGCGGAGGAAAUGCGCUGACAGUUGGUGUGGGAAUUGUCAUUGAGGUCAUUCGAAAGAACAACUCCGAUUAUGACCCGGAUGUUGGAACUGAUUCGAAUGCUUCUCCUUCUAGCCGGGAUCCCAUUUAUCUUGGCACACUGCUUCGGCUCUUUGCCGAUCAUGUACCUGACUUUAUGUCUCUGAUCCUGAACGCCCCGGCCCAGAAGUCGCGACUGGACUCUACAUUCGGAGAAACCAUUGAGCCCCUCGGCUUCGAUCGCUUCAAAACCUGCGAGCUCAUGGCCGAACUUUUACAUUGCAGCAACAUGGCGUUGUUGAACGAGGUGGGAUCCGAACAGAUUAUUGCUCUGCGAGACCAAGAGCGUCAACAGCUGAGGACCCAAGGUCGACUCUCCGCUAACCGCGGCGAGGAGGUGCAAUCCUCAGAGGAUCUGAUGAUGCGGGUUCGGCAUUCUUCUCCCGACGAUGGCCGCCGUCUUGAGGUUACUAAUGCUUCCGAUGACGACGGCUUCGAGGAGGUUACACCAUUAGGCGAGAUGACUGAAGACACAUCUCAUGAAUUCGUCAAAGCUGAGGAAGAGAUCCCUGGCGGCCCAAUCUCGUCCUUCCUCGACAGAGAGGAUGACGACUUUGUAGAAGAGCCGCUCAGCUCUCCGAGGCUAAAUGUCUACGACGGCAAACUCAAUGAGCAGCAUUUUGAGAACCCCGAGCUUGUCGUUGCCCCCCUCUCGCCAAAGAAGCCAGCGGCUAUGCAGCAGCCAGUACAAAACGAGGAUGGUGCUGCUCAGGAGGGCAACUUAGAGCCAAUUCUCAUACAGCCGGCCACAAAUGUGCCACGGGUGGAUGUAACGAGCUACGAGGAAGAAACCGGCGUUGAAGAAACACAACUGAUUGCAGGAGACUCUAGUAGCUCAUUUUCUCAAUCCGAGGAGGGUAGCACUAUCCUUGCUGCCGACAAGUCUGCUGUAAGUGAUGCCCCCUCCGAAGGCGAGCCUAGCACGAUGCUGCACGGGUCAUCAGAAGUGCAGCCUACAGGCGCAGAUGUCACCCAGCCAGGUGAGGUACCUACUGCAGGUGCCCAUUUACCCGACACUACUGAGCCAGUCAACCCUGUUGUCGGCGAUUAUCUCAAGAUUCAAUUUGUGGAACAUCAAGUUGUGCCAACGAUACUAUCAUUCUUCUUUACGUAUCCUUGGAACAACUUUCUCCACAAUGUUGUCUACGACAUCGUCCAGCAAGUAUUCAAUGGACCUAUGGAUCGCGGCUACAAUCCUACCUUGGCCAUUUCGUUGUUCGAAGCGGCGGAUAUAACUAAUGCCAUAAUAAAUGGCCAGUCACUAAGCGAGCAAUCACAAGCUCGAAACAAGACCCGCAUGGGCUACAUGGGCCACCUCACCCUCAUUGCCGAAGAAGUUGUCAAGUUUACAGAACGCCACCCACCGGAGCUUCUGUCGGAACUUGUGUUGGAUCGAGUUAUGAGCCAGGACUGGAUCAAUUAUGUGGAAGGUGCUCUAGCCGAGACGCGCGAGAGAGAUAAUGCCAUCCUUGGCGGUGUCAGACCCGACGUUGCUAUGAGCAACCGGGCGCAGAUGGCCGGCAAUGGCCUCGGUGGCAUGGGCUUAUCAAGUCUUGGUCUCGGUGGUGCACAGGGUGGAGGCUCUAACUCCCUUGCCGAAGCUGGCUUGACUGGCGGCGUUGGUAGUAUAGAACUGCAGGACAAUGGUAGUGGAAGCAGCCUUGGACCCUUUAGCAUAAGCUCUGGUCUGUUAUCCGGAUCCGGGUUUGGCAGUUCUAGUGAUGAAGAAGAAGAUGACGCAGAUGACAGUGAAGAUGUCAAUAAUGAGUUUCGCGCCUAUACCGACCCCUUGAAUGUGUCCUCUUCAUCAUCAAUGGAUCCUCCAUCGGUUCCGCCGCCGCCCCCACCGCCGCCGCCUUUGAAUAUCCCUCCAUCUCGGGCACGAUUACAACUCGCUGCAAGACUUGCCAUGCAUCAAAAGAACGCUGCUUCUUCGUCGCAAUCAGGCGAAGCAGACAACCAAGAGUCGGAUGAAUCUAAGUUGGGUAGAGAAAGUGACAGCAUUCUUCAAAAUCCUUUCGAGGACGACGGCGAAGAUGAUGUAGAUGAGGAUAGUGACGAUGGCUUACCCGAGAACGAUACCAAUGCGGAAUCGUGGAAUGCGGGCCCAUCUAGGGGUAGCUGGUGGCGAGGUGCAUUGCGACGGGGCAAAGAAAGGUUUGGGGAUGGUAGAGAUGACUCCGAUUCGGACAAAGAAGAGCAAGCUGGUAACGACGAAGAGGACGAAGAGUUUGGGGAUUUCGCAAUGCCCGAGGUUGAUAAGGAUGGUGGCAACGAGAAGGGUGGAGUGAUCGUCAAGCCUCUUCCAGUUCACCCACCUUCUCAGAGCCAAAAAACCUCGCCCUUCACCAGCCUAUGGCCCUUUGGAUCCAAGGAGAAGGAUAAACAAAAGCCCAAGGAAAGCAGUGAAGCGGAUAAAACCGAGACUCCAGGAGAAAUUACGGGCGAUGAUGGCGAGAAGAUCAAGAGCACUCACGAGGCAACACGAAGGACGAGUAUUGAAGACCCUGACGAUGAGGAGGUGGUUGUCUAG